AUGAAUCUCCGCAUAGAGCUCUACAACGUUGCAGAUGACGACACUACCAAAGAUUAUUUAUCAGCCGGCGAACCGCAGCCCUAUGUUUAUUUUGGAUUCUUCCUCGUUUAUCUGUAUUUUCUAGGGUUUUGGGUCAACCUAUGCUUCAAGAACCAGACACGUUUUCAGAUGAUCCAUUUACUAAUGGCUAUGUUGGUUUGGAUCACCGUACUUCACCUUAUCUGUGCGGCUGCGGAUCAACAUGAUUUGAAGGUUACAGAUACCAACUGUUGCGUCGUUGUUUUCAUCCACACUGCGUUUUUCUCGGAUUUGGCGUUCACAAAGGCUUCGGAUACGUCAACCUUUGGGAUGGCGUUAUCGCUCACGGAUGUGUACCCUUUAAUGGUUUUCGUAUGCCUUUUAAUUAUGGUGAUACAACAAACUCUCUUACAGGAAAGCAACAGUCUUGUGUUCUAUAUGGUGAUGUUUUACAUGUACAGGCCAUCUGUUCUUGACGAAGACGGUGAAGACUGUAAGGAAUCUCUCGUCUAG